GGACGGACGGGAGGCGGACGCACAGCACCGGGAUGCAACUGCACUGCACGACUUACGCUGGCAGAUAGUUCACGCUUCUGUUUGCAGGGCUGCUCUGUUCUUGGAGGGUGACAACACGCCGUCCCUGAAAUCAUAAAAAAAGGUCCUGAGAAAAUGCAGCUUUACGUCAGCAGCUGACGGACAGAACCUCCGACGAGCAAUCGCAAAGAUCAAAAAGCCGCGACGACUAGCGGCACUCUCGUGAACGAUCCUGGCCUGAACGCAAUCGCGGCGUCUUCCGAAGUAUCAGGACCAAUCAUGUCCAAGGACGACGCUUGCAAAGUGACGUCUGCCGGGAAGCACAAGGAGCGCAAACCCAAGAAGCCUCACUACAUCCCUCGUCCGUGGGGCAAGCCCUACAACUACAAAUGCUUCCAGUGCCCCUUCACCUGCAUGGAGAAGUCCCACCUGUACAACCACAUGAAGUACAGCCUGUGCAAGAACUCCCUCUCGCUACUCAUAGAGUCCGAAUGGCCCUACAAAAAGGGCAACAACGUCCUACACCCGGACCAGCUGCGACCGUCACAGCAGGGCCUCCGUGGGGCUGGGAAAGACGCCCAGGACCGGGCGACUCGGACUGAGGAGGGGCAGCAGAGGAGCGCGGAGGAAGACGGGGAAGAUCGGGAAAACCGGCGACAGGAAGAGGAGGGAGAGGAGGGCCAGACGUUGGUGAAGGAGAGGUCUGAAAAAGGAGACACUGCGGAGUGCCAAGCAGAUUCCGAAUUGUUGAUGGCAGACAUGCUUUCCCUCGAGGACCAGCUCCUGCGAGCGCGCUCCGUGGAGGUGGAGGCCCAGUUGAAACACUACAAGACCCUAUCCAAGACCUGCAUGACAGCUCCCGCGUUGCUCUCAGACCAGUGGCGUCUCCUGACUGCCAGCAAGGCCAAAAGCGAAGGCGCUCAGGCCCGAAUGAACACUUCAAUCCCGUGCUAUCCUCCCCCGCCAAACCUGGUGGAUUACCAGGAUCCGGCUGGGCUCAACCUUUCCGUGCUCGGGGUGGGCUAUCCCAUUGGCCCCGGUCUUUUCUCCUACAUGAAUUCUACGCUUCCCGCCACUCAAACCCACGCGCAGCUCGCCCAACUCCCCUUCCUGGCGUCAGCCGGCCAGCUGAUCCAUCCGGCCUCCGGCAACCACGCGGACAGAACUCUCAUCCCCCCGCGGCUCUACUACCCGUUCCUGUGCGAGCGCAGCUUCGGAUCGGCCUCCGCUCAGAGUGAUACUGCAAAAGGACACAAAACAUCCCUAAACACUGCCGAUACAUUUUCAUUAUCUGGCUUCCAGCCCAAAGUUAACCUGUGGAAAGUGCCAGCUUUGAGACCCGGGGCUACUCCGGUUUCCCCCGUUGGUCGGUCGUCACCUCAAGGAGGUUCUUCCGAACCAGCCUACGGACUGGCGCAUAAAGUGGAAGCUUCAGUCAAGGAAGGUAAAACGAGUUGGAGUCUCAAGCGGACGGGCGGCCCCAUAAUAAACCACGACGGUCCCGUCGAAAAGAAGCAGACGGCGGGCUUCACUUUGGACCCUCUGAAGAACAUCAAGACAAGUCCAACUCUAAAUAUAGCGUCAGACAAACUUAGUUCACAGAAUUUUCACCGAAAGACAAGAUCCUCAGAAUCCUUGUACACCGAUCACCUCACCGGUCCAAAAAGUGAAGCAUCCUCUCGAGCAGCUUCUACCGGGGGGCACGGGAGCCAGGACCUGACGACCACGCGUCCCGAAGGGGGCGGGGCCUCGGAUUCAGUGGCUGCUCUCCUCAAUGACCUGUCGAAAGCCUUACAGGAGUACCAGGAAGCGGAGCGCAACAUCUCCCACCUGGAGAAGGAAGACCUCCCCGUCCAGCACCACCUUUGGGAGCACCUGAGCAAAAUCCGAAACGAGCUCUCGCUCAUCCAUCAAGCGCUGGAGAGGACUGCUCGCCAGAGCGACGGCCCGCUGGACCUGUCGUUCAAGAGAGAGUCCACCGACUCCAAGGAUUUUGGCCAAAAGGACAACGUGGCAGAGACGGACGAGGAGCAAGAGGAGGAGGAAGAGGAGGACAGGGAGGAAGAGGAGAGGAAAGCCACGAGGGCCUCGCUGGAGACUCGUAAGCAGUCGCUGGACAUGCUGAUCAAGAUGAGUAACGCCGGAGCACCGGCGGCGACGGCGGAAGUCCUGGCUCCGGGGGCCUUGUGGCACAGCAGAACCACAAAGUGCGAAGCCGACUCCAGCGUGCUGCUGUGCCCCGAUGGCAGAUCGGUCAUGUUUGCAGACAUCCCGUCCUCCGCCAAAGUGGCCAAAAGGCCGUCGUCCAUGCAGUGCCCCCAAAGUCCAUUAACAGCUGCAGACAAUUAAAGCUUGGUUGUCUACGGAGAUUGUCGAUCAUCCAGAAUCGAUCAUAGCAAUCGGCGAAAGCAGAAUAGAGGAAAAUGGACUCUUCUUGAGAUUUUGUAAAACAUCUGCACACAUUAUGAUAUUUAAUAAUAAGCAUCUCUGGUGAGUAAAAUUUAGAACCAAAGAAACUGUUUGGACUAAAUGUGAAAUGUCAUCAUCAGCAAAGGAGUCCACUUGCCUCCAUUCAACUUUUGCAGAUUCUUCUUAUAAACACGCAGUCUUCAAUUUUGAAGGCUUGUCUUUGAAAUUUUCAGACUACAGCAGAACCACCGUCACCAUCAUUGUCUUUUUUUGUAGUUCAAAAGGACAUUCAACACUUUUAUAUGGAGGCCCAGACAUGACAUGGGGGGGGGG